CCUUCUUUCUCAUGCAUUCAUAUGUUCACACAUUUCUAAUCAGCUAUAGGCAAAGUGCUUUAUUUUCCUCUACAGUGCAGCAUAAGGACGAAGAACUGAAUAUGACACGGAAGGGAUAUAGAGUAACAGGACACAUGAAAGGUGGAGAUGAAUACCACAGUGCAAUAGCAUGUGAAGUCACAGUGAACACAUUGUGGUAUUUAAUAAGAAGGGGGGUAUCAUAUUAUCUGUUAAUCAUCAUCUACUAUUGACUCUCCCUAAGGUCAUAAUGACUUAUGUAUGUGGAUUAAGAAUAUAAGUUGAUCUGGGCAUGGGAGGUAGAGGCAGGAAGAUCAGGAGUUCAAAGUCAUCCUUAGCUACAUAGCAAAUUUAAGGUUAGCCUGGGCACUACAUGAAUCUCCAUCUCACUGUUGAAAUCUAUAGGACCUUGGUUUGUAUAAAAGGUUUGGGUUUUACUUGGGGACAUUUGGCAGAUGUUACUCUCCUGGACUUGGACCUUCUCAUCUGUAAGGUGGAAAGGUCGGCGGAAGCAGAAAUGGACUGUGGAUCCCAGAAACACUGCAUGGAGUAACGAUGAUUCCAAGUUUGGCCAGAGGAUGCUUGAGAAGAUGGGGUGGUCUAAAGGAAAGGGUUUGGGGGCUCAGGAGCAAGGAGCCACAGAACAUAUUAAAGUUAAAGUUAAGAACAAUAACCUGGGACUCGGAGCUACAAACAAUAAUGAAGACAACUGGAUUGCUCACCAGGACGACUUCAACCAGCUUUUGGCAGCACUCAACACUUGCCACAGUCAGGAAACAGCAGAUUCUCCAGACAACAAGGAAAAGAAAUCUUUUAGCCUUGAAGAAAAAUCCAAAACCUCCAAAAAUCGGGUUCAUUAUAUGAAAUUCACGAAAGGGAAGGAUCUGUCUUCUCGGAGCGAAACAGACCUGGACUGCAUUUUCGGGAAAAGGAAGAACAAGAAAACUGCUCAGGAUGACUGCAGCACCUCCACUGCCGACGAGGUGGACGCCUCCAUGACUUCGACCACAACCAGUGCCUUCACCAUCCAGGAAUAUUUUGCCAAGAGGAUGGAGCAGUUAAAGAACAAGCCCCAGGCCUUGACUCCAGAGCCUGACAUUUCAGAGACUUCUGUUGAGUGGAAAAAGGGGAAGAAAAAAUCCAAAGAGGCAGCAGGCACAGAUGUGGAGAACUCUCCCCAGCACAAAAUGAAGCAACAUAAAAAGAAAAAGCAUGUGGAAGCAGAGAUGGCGCCUGUGGCCAAGAAGAGAGACCGAGCUGAGCUGCAGCCUGGAUGCCCCAGUGGGGACGAGUGUUCCGAUGCCUCUGUCGGAACUGCAGAAGAUUGUCUGCAACCACCCGACAGCCAGGGUGAUGCUCCAAAGUCCAAGAAGAGGAAAGCAAAGAAAAAGCUGCAAAGGCUAGAAGGGGUAGAAAUAGACAAAGCACUCCUGAAAAAAAAGAAGAAGAAGAAGAAGGCUUCCAGAUGACCUCUCGCUAGCCAGGGCCUCUGACCACUUGGCUGUUAGCACCCUGCAGGGCAAACGCUCUGGCCUGAAGUCAGAGCACAGUGAACCCCAGGCAACUCAGCAUCUUCUAACGUGCCCACAGGUUGCCAGCUCUCACCUUCUAACCGUGUUUUCCCCAAGCCACCUUCCUGAGAGAACUGACUUGAACGUUCUAGAUGACUUUUCAAUAAGUAAAAUAAAUUUCAAUAAACAAAUAGAUUCUUUCUUAUACACUGAA